GACGGCCUGGAUGUAUUAUUAUUAAAAAAAAUAUUAGUUCUUUUGUUGUCCUCAGCUCUGAAUGAUGUUUGACGACCCGACCCCAACAGCCGUCUCGAAUGAAUCAACGCCAUACGUUAGUGAUGGCCACAACUUUUAUGUAACUUUCUACGAUGUCGCCAAAGACAACUACAUUAACCAAACAGGGAAUUCCACUGAGGUAUACCAAUCAUUCAUACUGCCAUGGUGGCGGCAAGUACUGUGGACGGUGCUGUUCGGCGGCAUGGUGGUGGUCGCUACAGUCGGCAACCUCGUCGUUAUCUGGAUUGUGCUCGCCAACAAGCGAAUGAGAAGCGUCACCAACUACUUCUUGGUGAAUCUGUCAGUCGCCGACGCCAUGGUGUCAACACUGAAUGUGACGUUCAACUUCACGUACAUGCUGUACUCGGACUGGCCGUUUGGACACUUCUAUUGCAAAUUCAACCAGUUUAUUGCCGUCGUUAGCAUAUCCGCUUCCGUCUUCACGUUAAUGGCUAUAAGUAUAGACAGGUACGUUGCAAUUAUGAGUCCUCUGCGCCCUCGGCUGGGGAAACGGGCGACCCUGGGUAUAGCCGCUGCGAUCUGGGCAGGCAGCUCUAUACUCAGUAGUCCCAAUAUCGUAUUCUUUACCACGGAAAUGGAUACACUACCAGAUGGUAGCACGAGACGCGUGUGUUUCGCUGAAUGGCCAGACGGAAUGACAACAAGAUCACUGCAGGAAUAUGUAUAUAACGUUGCCUUCAUGAUAUUGACAUAUUUUCUUCCAAUUAUUUCGAUGACGUACACAUAUGCGCGUGUCGGCGUCGAGCUGUGGGGGUCUCAGUCUAUCGGAGAAUGUACUCAGCGGCAACUCGACAACGUCAAGAGCAAGCGGAGGGUGGUGAAAAUGAUGAUAGUCGUCGUUGUAAUUUUCGCUGUCUGCUGGCUGCCGUUCCACGUGUACUUCGUGGUGACGUCGUAUUAUCCGGAAGUGGUCAACUACCCUCAUAUUCAAGAGAUAUAUCUGGGCAUCUAUUGGCUGGCUAUGAGCAACUCCAUGUACAAUCCCAUCAUUUACUGCUGGAUGAACUCUAAAUUCCGAAGAGGAUUUAAGCAAUUCUUCUGGUGUUGCGGUGCUUUCGGCAAUGGUGGUCUGAACAGACACAGAGCUUUUGGUCCGGAUCACUUGGACCGGUCGCUUCGUUCGCUUUCGCCAAGUCGAAAAAAUGGAACAAGUUUAUUCAAGGCUUCAAGCAAAACAACAAAAUUUAUCAAAAACCCGCCCGGCACUCCUCAUUUGCUGCAUGCAAAUAAAAUCCACAAGUAGGGGACUUCCGGACGCCAACAUUUCAGUUGGUACUAUCAGAAUCUCGAUGCACAGCACGUAUAAUAACACGUUGCUGAGCAGUGCCUGACAUCGACGCGGCGCGUCUGGUUCGCACGGCGACUGCGGGCAUAAUGACGCGCUGCAUCCCAAUCCCAACGUAGAGCGGACAUGGAUAUGACGUAAGCCGAGCGCCCCGCGCCCCGCCCUCACUCCGCACGAUCUCUAUGGUUAAAAUGAACCAAUCAGAAUGCGUAGCGUUAGUUUUAAAUAACUGUCACUGUCAUCCAAAUUCCGUUGAGCACAGUCUUGUUAAGAUUUUAAUUUAUAUAUUUGAAAGGACCAAGCUUGGUAUUUUUAAAUAUCAUUUUAGUUAUGAACAAGAGACAAAUGAAACAAGUUCU